AUGCACUUCUCUACGACCCUAGCCAUCUCGGCUCUCAUGGAGCUUGCUGCAGCGGCAUCAUGCCCGGCCUCGGGACCCCCGACAUAUCCCAAGGCCACAGAAAGCAACACCGCUUUCAUCCCCUUCAUCAACAAGUUCCCUCUCAUUGACACCACGCCUUCGCUCACAUUCACCGUCCUGACAAAAUACAACAUCGAGAAGAAGCCGAUCAAUAUUCCCUCUGCCGGCAUGGACACCGGCUCCGCCGGCGUCAUGAUGGAUGCCGGCGUCCUCGGUUUUGACGAGAAAACGACAUUCGACAAAUUUCACCCGGGAAACGAAUAUCUCUUCUCUAGCGGCAGACUGUGGCAAGGUUACUGGAUCGAUGCG